GGACUGAACCGAGCCGAACCGAGUCGAAGCUGCAGGAGGAGCGCAUCCCGAGCCGAGCCGAGCCGAGCCGAGUGGAGCCGGCGGUCAGUGCGCUCAGCGGGGACUCUGCUGCCGUGAGCCCGUCUGGAUGGAGGCUCCGGGCUGCCCGAGGCGGAGGAUCGUUCCGCUGCUGCUUCUGCUGCUCUGCUGCACCGCCGCUCCGGGACGCGCCGAGAGGGUGUGUCACUGCAGCGGGAAGUCUCUGUGUCACUGUGACGGGGUCAAAGGUCAAAAGGGUGAACCCGGUUACCUUGGAUACGAUGGACUCCCUGGAGUGAUAGGUUACCCUGGAAACGAGGGCCACCAGGGCUCACCUGGAGAAAAGGGUGAGCAGGGACCAGCAGGAAGUUCAGGACUGAAAGGCUCUCGAGGUCUUCCAGGAAAACCAGGUUUUCCAGGACCUCCAGGAUUGCCGGGACUCCCUGGACAUGAAGGACCAAUCGGCAAACCAGGACUCCCAGGAUGCAAUGGGACAAAGGGGGACGUUGGUUACCCAGGGUACCCUGGAGCUCCAGGACCCGUCGGCCUACAAGGUCGACCAGGACUGCGAGGGGCAAAGGGAGACUCGUACAUCUUUCCCGUCACUCAGGAUAUUAAAGGAGCGCCGGGACCUCGAGGACCAGACGGAGAAAACGGGCUGAGUGGAGAUCCAGGUGAACCGGGCCUGCCAGGACCGCCGGGAUCCCCCGGACUUCCUGGGAGUCCCGGGCAGUCGGGGUUAGCGGGAGAGAAGGGUCAGGAGGGUCCCAGUCCGGUCAUCCCGGGUCCCCGGGGACAGAGGGGUGACCGUGGCCCACCAGGGAUCCCGGGACAGAAGGGAAUUAAACUGUACGCAGAAGGACCCAAAGAACUGAAGGGGGAACCAGGUGAAGUUGGAUUCAAAGGCUGUCAAGGACUUCCUGGUGUGCCUGGGAAGGUCGGGGUUAAAGGAGGAAAGGGCGGGCGAGGAGAUCCUGGUUCCCUGGGUAAACCGGGGAAGGACGGCGUCCCGGGAGAGCUGGGAGAACCGGGCGAGCCAGGGGAUCGUGGGUACCUCGGCCCUCCAGGUAUCGAUGGAGCCACGGGAGAGAAAGGGGAGCGAGGUUUUCCAGGUCUGCCCGGAGAGAUGGUUUGGAAACACAUUUUCCUGAAGGGCCAGCCUGGUGUCGCGGGGCGCGGACCCACAGGAGUGCCAGGAGAACAAGGACUCAUUGGAUUUCCUGGACUGCAGGGCGAGUCAGGUGUGGGGAUCACUGGUCCACCCGGCCCCCAGGGGCCACCUGGCUCGAGUGGACCCAAAGGAGAGCCAGGAGAGCCGGGGCCCCUCAUCGCUGGGCCCCCGGGAAAGACUGGAGUCCCAGGAGGUCCUGGAGUUGCAGGAGAACCAGGAGAACCGGGAAUACCAGAUUUCCUGCCGGGAGACGUCGGUUCUCCAGGAGCUAAAGGUCUAAAAGGCCCGGUGGGAUUUCCUGGAAUCAGAGGGGAGGAGGGACGGACGGGUGAGAAGGGGGAGCUGUGCUCCAACUGUCGGGUUAUUUCUGGCCCCCCAGGACCUCCAGGUAAACCAGGCGAGCCAGGUGAAGACGGGGUACCAGGAUCAGGCGGUUUUCCAGGACCCAAAGGUAACAAGGGGGUCAAAGGUGUCACAGGCCCACCUGGCCCGCAGGGCCCCUUUGGUAUCCCCGGCCUCCCGGGGCCCCCGGGGCCUAUCGGUGACCCUGGGAUCAUGCAGCGGGUGGGGCAGAAGGGGGAGGACGGGGACCUGGGGGAGCCAGGAACGCCGGGUUUCCCGGGAAAAGAUGGAGCUCGAGGACUGACGGGACGGAGAGGUGUUCUGGGACAGAAAGGAAACCCUGGGCCGCCGGGUUCAAAAGGCGAGAGGGGCCCGCUAGGGGAGACUGGUCCCAGAGGACUAACGGGACAGAUGGGACCUCCGGGACCACCUGGAAUCGGGGCUCCGGGACCUCCAGGACCUAAGGGCAACGUGGGAGUCUUGGGACAGCGAGGAGAUCCUGGAAAACCAGGCGAAAAAGGUUCUCCAGGUGAAAUCAGAACCUCUCUAGGAGACCCAGGACAGAAAGGAGAGAAAGGUUUAGCCGGAAACCCCGGACCUGAAGGUGUGACAGGAUUUCCAGGUGCUCCAGGAGUUGUUGGUCCAAAGGGGGAAAGAGGAGAUGUCGGAUUUUCAAUCCAGGGGCCUCCAGGCUUCCCAGGGGUCAAAGGACUCAAGGGUCCUCUGGGGGCUCCAGGUUUACCAAGUUUUGGUAUCAAGGGUCGGGCAGGGCCAUCAGGUCCCCCAGGGAUGCCGGGCCCCAAGGGGGACAACGGUAUCGGUUUCCCAGGUCAGCAGGGUCAGUCAGGCCCCCAGGGGGAAGAUGGCUCUGUGGGGCUCCAAGGAAACCCCGGACCCCCGGGGCGAGAUGGAGCUCCAGGACCUCCAGGACAAGAUGGACCUCCUGGACCCAAAGGUCGUCGAGGUCUGGACGGCGUCCCUGGUCCGGUUGGAUUUGUUGGGCUGUGUUUACCAGGAGCUCCUGGACCUGAAGGAGAGCAGGGACAGAUGGGUGUCAUCGGAUUCACAGGGACCCGAGGCCCAAAGGGUGUGCGAGGUGACCCUGGGCGGUCAGGCGUGGGAGUCCUUGGACCACAGGGGCCUUACGGGGCCCCUGGGUUUGAUGGACCUCCUGGGCCAGUAGGAGAAGUUGGUCCAAAGGGCCUGAGAGGCAAUGGGAAGCCAGGAAGCACAGGUCUCAGAGGGGACGUGGGUCCUCCAGGAGCACUUGGGAGGCCAGGGGAUGAUGGGAAGCCUGGAGAGACUGGACAGCCAGGACAGAAAGGUCAAAUGGGUGCAGACGGGAUCAGGGGUUCUCAGGGGCCUCCGGGGCCUCAGGGGGACAGAGGAGACACUGGACCAAAAGGAUUCCAGACGCCUGUGGAGAUGUAUGGAGAUCCUGGAGAACCUGGAGAAGCCGGACCCACAGGUCUCACUGGUACUAAAGGAGAGAGGGGCCCCCUGGGGCCAUCAGGAGCCGACGGCAGCAGCGGUAGACCUGGACGCAGCGGGCCACAAGGACUUCCUGGAGACGCCGGCAGAGAUGGAGAGACAGGUCCUCCUGGUUCCUGUGGACUCAGCGGCAACCAAGGAGAGAUGGGAAAACCAGGUGUUAAAGGGGAGAAAGGUUGUGCAGGGCCUUGUGGGGAACCUGGAUCAGAUGGAAAACCAGGACCAGGAGGACUUAAAGGUGCUAAAGGAGAACCAAGUCCACCUGGACCAGGAUCUAAAGGAUUUCGAGGAGAGAAGGGGAAUUCAGGGUGUUCAGGACCAACAGGUGUGAAGGGGGUACAAGGGGAAAUUGGAAACGUUGGUCCUCCAGGAGACACUGGCCCCUGUGGCCCCAAAGGACUGUCUGGUCCCCAGGGAUGCAGAGGUCCUCCUGGGACUCCUGGUGAAAAGGGCUGUGACGGUCCUCCGGGGACAAAUGGGCCCGUGGGACCCACCGGCCUCACGGGUAACAAGGGGGCUCCUGGAGAUCCUGGUCCAUCAGGUCCCAGAGGAAACCAGGGACAGGACGGGAUCCCGGGACCUCCUGGAGAGAAAGGAGCCAUGGGAGCUCCUGGAAUCGGACCCCGGGGCCCAGAGGGAAAGACAGGUCCACCUGGGUGUGCCGGGGAGACGGGUCCUCCUGGUGUCUGCGGUCCACCUGGUUCUCUCGGUCCUGGGGGAAACCCAGGUUGUCCUGGUUCUUCCGGGCCCCCUGGUCCUCCUGGUUGUCCCGGCAGAGAGGGAGUCUGCACUGAAGGAAGCAAAGGAGAGACGGGACUCCCCGGGGAACGAGGACCCAAAGGUCCGACAGGCUUUCGGGGCCCUCCUGGUCCUCCAGGUCCUGGUUUUAAAGGGGACAAGGGAAUUAAAGGAGCACCGGGUAACCCGGGACCGCUCGGUUACCCUGGAGAUCCUGGACCUCCAGGCGAGCCGGGUGAAGACAGACCACCAGGUCCACGAGGACUCAAAGGCCUGAUGGGAGAAACUGGAGUCCCAGGACCUGUUGGCAUGAAGGGGGAGGACGGACCUCCGGGUAACUUUGGCUUGCAAGGACCUCCAGGACCACCUGGGAGGAGAGGCCCGAGGGGGGAGGACGUAUCUGCAAAGGUGGUGCUGUUGCCAGGAAACGUAGGCUUACCUGGAGGACAGGGACCACCAGGAGAGAGAGGACCCCCAGGGCCCCAAGGGACACCUGCAGGUCCAGGUUUUAAGGGCAUCAGAGGAAGGGCCGGAAGAAGAGGACAAGUUGGACGUCCUGGACUGAGAGGGGAACAGGGAGACCCAGGAUUCCCUGGACCAAAAGGAGUCACAGGCUCACGAGGUCCGACCGGUGCUAAAGGUGUGCAAGGUCGAUCGGGUCCGUGCAGUGACGCGCCGGAGAAGGACGGCUUCCUGUUCACCAGACACAGCCAGGAACUCUUCGUCCCAGAAUGCCCCGCAGGGUCGACGCAGAUGUACAGCGGAUACUCGCUGCUGUUCAUCAACGGGAACAACCGAGCUCACGGACAAGACCUGGGUACAUUAGGCAGCUGUUUACCUCGUUUUACCACCAUGCCCUUCCUGUUCUGCAGCAUGGACAGCACCUGUCGCUACGCAUCACGCAACGACUACUCCUAUUGGCUGUCAACCGAUGAACCGCUGCCAGGCAGCAUGCCAUUAAUCUCCGGAGAUUUACUCAAGAAUUACAUCAGCCGGUGCACAGUAUGUGAAGCCAGAGCCAACGUGAUCGCCGUCCACAGUCAGACCAGUAUCAUCCCAGACUGUCCCUCAGGCUGGGACCCGCUCUGGUUCGGAUACUCCUUCGUGAUGGUGAGCUCGUUUUGUCAAGUCGUGAAACAGGAGUCGGGGCAGAGGGGUCAGGUCAGCCAUUGGCGUCUCCUGGAUCCUGUCUGGAAAACUUCCGGAAGAUUCCCUUCAUUGAGUGUCACGGCAGAGGAACGUGCAACUACUACACCGACUCCUACAGCUACUGGCUGGCCGCGCUCAACCCCGGAGACAUGUUCAGUAAACCGAAGCCUCAGACUGAUACAGGAGAGUUUCCGGGCAGUCUGA